AUGGCGCCAAAAUUCUCAACUAAGGCUGCCAAGCCAGCGGGCAAGCCGGCUUCCAAACAACCCUCGGCAGACAAGACCAAGAGUUCGGGAGCUAAUGGCAUCUCGAAAACCAAGGCAGCCAAGUCCGAGCCAUCGACAGCUGCAAAGCGAGGAACCAAGCGAGCCAAGGACGAUGAAGAGGAAGAAGACGAGCUUCAGGAGGAUGGCGCCGAGGCUAAAGACGCUGCUGCUCCGCUGCCCGACUUGAAGAAGCGAAGUGCAAAGGCACGCGCUGGUUCAACUGAGCCUGCCAAUGAUAUCGACAUGGCCGACGGUACCGCUCGACCGACCAAGCGCAGUCGUCGCGCUCCGACCCCUGCCGGCCCGAUCAAUUCGGUACCACGACCUAUUCAACCCGUGCAUGCCGACGAUGUGGCCCAAGGCAUCGCUGUUGAAGUUACCACAGGAACUCUCACCACUGGUGGGAAAGGCGAUGUGCUGCCUCGCAAGCUCUUUGUCUGGGGCUCCGGCGACGCCGGUCAGUUUGGCGUCGGUCCUCCCGAAGAUGACAAGCCCAACAAGCUCAACAAACCCAAGCCCUUUGGCAACAAGGAAAUUUCGAUGCAAAUCGACGACGGCGAGUUUGGUGAAGGAGGUAUCGAGGUUAUCGUCGGCGGUGGCAUGCACUCGGUCAUUAUCGACAGCCUCGGCCGCAUCCUCACUUCAGGUGCUGAAGACUAUGGUACGCUCGGACGCAAGCACCGCGGCGACGCGGGCGAUGCGGAAGAGUCAUACUUCAAGUUCGCCCCCGUGGAAGGUCUCUCGCCCACCGGUCAAGGCAUCAACCCCAUCGAUGGAAAGCAGGGCACAGUGGAAAAGUAUCGUGCAACUCGGGUCGCCUCGGCGGAUGCCGCCGGUGCUGUGCUGGACGACCAGGGCCGUCUACGUUCGUGGGGCUACUUCAAGGACGGCGAGGGUCGUGUAUGCUUUGCGGACUCAGACGCACCAGGACGCAACAGGGAGCAGUGGUACCCGAUCGCAUUGCCGGGUAUCGAGAACGAGACGUUCGCCGCGGUGGCAGCAGGCGAGAACCACUUCCUCGCUCUCACACUUAAUGGGAAGGUGUACUCAUGGGGCACCAACACGUGCUACCAGCUCGGUCGCAGCUCCAACCCGCGCCGAGUAGCCCAGAAGUUUUCCAAGGGCGAGCCACCCAAGGAAUGCGACCUGACGCCUACGCCCAUGGUCGGCCUCGCAGAGUGCAAGCGCAUCUUUUGCGGUCUGACAAACGGCUUCGCCGUAGAGAAGAGCGGAAAGGUGGUCGGUUGGGGAUUGAACACCAAGGGCCAGACGGGUACCGGUCUGAAAGCAUCCAAGAUCGCUACCCCUCACGGCAUUGCUGCGCUGAGCCCGGUGCGUCACAACGGUGCCGAAGUGGUGCAGAUCGUCGGCGGCAACUUCCACACUGCUUUCCUUCUUUCCAACGGCGAGGUGUACAUCUGCGGCGACAGCGACGAGGGCAAGCUUGGUCUGCCAGCCAACCACCCGGCGCUCAAAGAUGCUACUGCAUCCAACCCUGUCGUGGUGCGCGAGCCUACGCUGGUGCCUUUCCCGUCGCCUCCUUCGUGGGUUACCGAAGCGUCAAAGACCGCGGAUGGCAAAACCAAGAUCGUCGCACUCAGUGCAGGUAUGCGCUUCACGCUGGCUUUGGCAGCUGACGGCACACUCUACUCGUGGGGCACGACGUCAGACGACGCUCUUGGUCACCCUGCUGAGGAGGUCGGCGGGAAUCAGAGCAAGGACACCCCGACGGCGAUUGCGAUGCCCGGCCAGCCCGGUGCUUGGCGCAUCAUGGCUGCAGCGACGGCGGGCCAGCACUCGCUGGCCAUCGCUGUCAAGCCACCUCAGGACGACUGA